AUGUGUCUCCCAAAUAAAUGGGAACAAGGGCUUGCCUGCGGGCUUGUUGACAAUGACACAUUUACGUCGGACACCAGCGAUCGCGAAAUCACAGCGAUCCCCGGAUUCAACAUGUGGGACAUGGUGUCGCACCCAGGUGUCGUCUUAGUGACGAACCCCUUACUGGCCCUCGCCAGCCUCUAUACCCCUCAACAAUACCGCCUGUUACCAUUCGGGCUCCUGGUGCUCCAGUUCUGGAACGCCAUCUGCUACGUUCAAUACCAGCCCGGGCUCGCCUCCUUCUUCUUUCUGCCGCAUGACUUCGACUGGUACGUGGGCGACAUGCUCGCCAAGGCCAUCACCAUAGUCAUGAUGCACUUUGGCGUCAUCCUCAUUCUCGAAAAGCACAAGGCUCCGCCGGCCUCCGGUUCUCGGCUGGCACAACUGCAGGCGGCAUACAAGACCUUGUCCAACUUUCGGCGCAUCGGGACCAACAUGGUCGCGCCGCAGGUGCCCGUCCUGGCCGACGACCCGACGCAGGUGGAACGGGAAAAGGAAGAAGACACGGCCCCUCAGAACAACGACAAAAACAACAGCAAUAACAACAACUUUAGGAGUCGAGUCGGAGUCGUGCACCGCGAACCGCGUCUUUGUUUCCUGGCGCGCCGCUCCGCGCUGACGAUCCUCCUCCUCUCCGCCGAGUUCUGGCUCAAGCCGCUCGUGUGGGCCAUGCUGAUCAACCCGGGGUACGAAGACUACACGCCCGACAAGGAGGCGUUUUUCCGCCGGCUGCCCGGCAUGUCGGCGGGGCAAUUGCUGCGCGAGUUUGCGAUCCGGAACCAGAUCGUUUUCGAGGCGUUUUGGUCGGCGUACGCCGUGUACACGGCCGCCCAUGCGAUUUUCGCGGUGGUUUGCGUGGGGAUCGGAUUCGACGAGCCGCACGAGUGGCCCCCGCUGUUCGGGGACAUACGGGAGUCGUAUUCCAUGAGGCGGUUCUGGGUCAAGUUUUACGAUCGGUUGCUUUACCGGACGCUGAAAGGGUGCGCGCUCUUGAUUGCCAGGCUCGUGGGCCUCAUCCGACGAGAGGGCGACACGGACGGCACGUUGAAAGGGUACGCCCUUUACGUCCUCUGGCUUUUGGGUAUUGCUAGGCGAGAGGACGGCGACGACGACAACGACGACGACGCGUGGAAGGUGGGAAAGGGUAGAGGAGAAGGAGAACCUUGGAGGCGGUGGUUGCUGAACGCGAUCAUCUUCGCCGUGAGCGCGUGGUUUCAUGCGCACACGUCAUGGUGGGCUGGGUGGAGGUGUGCGUACUGGCCGGAGGUCGGGUGGUGGGCGACGAGUUUCCUUGCUGUCAUUGGGGAGAUGGCCGCGCAGGAGAUGAUGAGGAAGUGGGCACGAAGGUUAUACGAGAAACUGGACAGCGGGUGGAUUGGCAAGGCGGUCGGGUUCGCUACAUGUAUCCCAAUUAUAUAUGCCAGCCUGUGA